AUAGUGUACAAAUAACAGCAGCGCUAUUUCCCAAAGAUAGCCAUUAUUUGACAUUUCUUAUCUCCUCAUCUAAAGCCUCUCUUUUCAUUCCAAUAGCUGUAACAAUGGAGAGAAGUCUAGCCAUUAUAGGGGCAGGAACAAGUGGCCUUGCUGCCUGCAAAUAUGCUUUAGAAAAAGGGUUUAAUCCGAUUGUGUUCGAAGCAGAAGAAAUUGUUGGAGGGAUUUGGAAUCACACAAUAGAGUCCACCAAGCUCCAAAAUGCUAAAGAAACUUACCAGUUCUCAGAUUUCCCCUGGCCUUCUUCAGUAGAAGAUGUUUUUCCUAGGCACAAUCAAGUGUUGGAGUAUAUUCAAUCUUAUGCUAAAUACUUUAAUAUCUUUCCUUGCAUAAAGUUUAACUCCAAAGUCCUUAGUUUGGAUUAUGUCAGUGGAGAGUCUUAUGAAGAGAUGGAGACUUGGGAUUUGUGGGGUGGAACAGGCAAGCCAUUUCAAUCCAAGGGGAAAUGGCAUGCUGUGGUACAAGAUACCAAAACCUGCUCAACAGUGGUCCACCAAUUUAAGUUUGUUAUCCUUUGUAUUGGGAGAUUUAGUGGAGUUCCAAACUUCCCAGAGUUCCCUCCAAAUCAAGGUCCUGAGGUGUUCAAUGGUAAGGUGAUGCAUUCCAUGGACUACUCUGCUAUGGAUAGUGAUAAGGCUAUUGAAUUGAUCAGAAGAAAAAGAGUUACAAUUGUUGGUUCUCAAAAAUCUGCAGUAGACUUAGCUGCAGAAUGUGCAAAUACAAAUGGAGUUGAAUAUCCCUGCAUUAUGAUUUAUAGGACUGCCCAUUGGCAGCUCCCUAGUGCCAGUUUAUGGGGUCUGCAUUUUGGUCUCUUGUACUUUAACCGGUUUUCGGAGCUUAUGGUUCACAAGCCUGGAGAAACAUUCCUUCUAAGCAUAUUGACCACCUUACUUUCACCCUUGAGAUGGGGAAUCUCAAAAUUUGCUGAGAGCUAUAUUAGAUGGAAACUUCCAUUGAAAAAGUAUGGUAUAGUACCUCAAAACAGCUUUCUUCAAGACAUUUCCUCUUGUCAAGUGGCUAUGCUACCUGAAAACUUCUAUGAAAAAGUAGAACAAGGAAGCAUUGUCUUGAAGAAAUCUCAAAGCAUUAGCUUCUGUAAAGAAGGUUUGAUCGUUGAUGGAGAAUCUCAGCCAUUGAAAACAGAUAUUGUGAUUCUAGCCACAGGUUACAGAGGUGACCAAAAGCUAAAAAAUAUGUUUAGCUCUCCAAUCUUCCAAAACCACAUUAUUGGAUCACCUUCCUCAAUGGUUCCUCUUUAUAGGCAGGUUAUUCAUCCAAGAAUACCACAGCUAGCAAUAAUAGGAUAUGCAGAAGGCUUCUCUAAUUUACUGACCUCUCAGAUUAGAUGUCAAUGGCUGGUACAUUACCUUGAAGGGAACUUUGAAUUACCUAGUAUAAGAGAGAUGGAGAAAGAUGUGAUUUUGUGGGAAAAUUAUAUGAAACUAUACAAUGGAAAGUAUGUUAGGAGAUCUUGUAUCGGUAUUGUAAAUAUAUGGUACAAUGACCAAUUGUUGAAAGAUAUGGGAUGUAAAACUAGAAGAAAGAAAGGAAUUUUGGCUGAAUAUUUUCUGCCAUAUGGACCAGUAGAUUAUGCUGGCCUACCCUAAUACAUAAUUAGUUGUCA